AUGUGUAGCUGGAAUGUGGACAACCUGACUCAACCAGUGGACGGCAAAGAGCUGUUGUCAAGGCAAGGAAAGCAGUUAUUCCUUUGGAAUCUCAACGAAGACAUAGAAGGGCCAGUUGCACGAAUGAACAUCGCCCAAGAGGGGUUCUUGAAGAAAAUUGCGUGGGCUGAGAAUGGUUAG